AUGGAAGAACAAACUAUAGACGAUUUGACAGAAGAUCUGGUUCUUCAAUGUCUUGUUCGGCUUCACUACAAGGACUUAAUUUCCGCAUCGUGGGUUUGUCGUAAAUGGCGUCGUCUUCUACAAUCUCGUCAUUUUUACAGGAUGAGGAAACAACUCGGAUAUACGAAUCAACUCGCUUGCUUUCUUCAGCAUCCUCUUCCUUCGCCACUGGGUUCUAAUUCAGUCUUCAAUUUUGCUAUCAGCGUGUUAGACCCGAUGAGUCUGGAGUGGAACCGACUUCCCUCGAUCCCUAAUGUCAUACUUGGAUUUUAUGAGUCAAUUCAGAUUGCUAGCUCUAACGGAAAACUCGUCGUGAUUAACCAUGGUCGUGACCAUAGGACUUCCUUGUUCGUGUGGGACUUUUUGACUCAGCGAUGGUGGAAAGGCAAGGACUUGCCGUCAGUUUGGCCAUUCUUCUUCCUGGUAGAUUUUGAUGGUCAGAUAUUUGUCGGAGUUUCCAAUGGUAACAAAUCCAACUCGGUUUGGGAGUAUGAUAUGAGGAAGGACGAGUGGACCGAGUUGCCUCAGAUGAGUCAAAAGCUAAGUCGGUGUCAUGAGUUGAAGGUAAUUGGAGACGAAUUAUGGGUUUUAAAUUGUUGCAACACAAACCACAUUGAAAAUGAACAUAGUGCAGAGGUAUACCAUUUUCAAACUGGAAAAUGGAGACUAGUUGAAUUGGAUUUGGAACAAACUAAUGACUCCUCGUGUCCUGAUUGCUGCCAUAAGUUUGAAUUCCAUGAGUUGCUGAUGGAGUUGCCAGAGUUGAACUCGAUUAUCAUAGCACACUUUUCUCGACUCCAAUUGGGUGCACAAAGUUUAGUAAUGGUCACGGUCACCACGGGUUUCGACAAUGAAGGCAAAUAUUAUUGGAAAGAAAGAUGGGAAGGAUUAUUUUUUAUGCGGUCUCAAUAUGGUAAUUUUGAACAAAUACAUCCAAUUAGUUCCGAGUUUGCUACACAUGUUAGAACAAGUUGUUGUGUAGAGGUUUAA